AUGUCCGACUCGGAGAGAUCACCGCUGCUGUCUUCGACGGUGAGGUCGACAGUCACGGCGGCCACCUCCCCAGAGGCGACGCCACUACUGUCGAGCCCUGCCGCCGGGCUGCGCUACGAUGGAGACGAAGAUGCUGCCUCGGUCACUUCGACCAACGCGUCGCUGGCGACGUCCCUGAAAUCGAAGCGCCGACGAUGGCCGUCCAUAAUCGCCAUCGGCACCCUCGCUCUCCUGGCAAUUGCCAUCAUGAUGCUCGCCUUUUUCGUCCCGACCGCUGUUGAGCAGUACGCCAAGGAGGCCGCCGUCCUCGAGCCCACCCACCUGUCGAUCGAGUCCAUUACUUCCGACGGCGUCCGGGCACGCAUCCAGGCGAAUUUCCGCCUCGACGGCUCGCGCGUAAAAGACGCUGGUGUUCGGCGCGUCGGGCGCCUGGCAACUUGGGCCGUGAGACAGCUAGGGACCGAGGCGACAAAAGUGGACGUGUAUCUGCCCGAGUUCGACGGGUUUCUCCUCGGGUCCGCCGUGCUGCCGCCCCUGGUCCUGAACCUCGUGGACGGGCAUACGACCUCGGUAGAUAUACUCGCCGAUCUGACCCCAGGCGAUGCCGAGGGCAUCCGCACCAUCGCCAACAAAUGGCUGCGGGGGAAACUCGACACCAUCCGCUUCCGCGGUGUUGCCGAUGUCACCGUGAAGUCUGGGUUGGUCCCACUUGGCACGCACUCUGUCUCCGAGUCGCUCGUGAUUGAAGCCAAAGAACUUCCGCAGGUUCCUGAGUACAACAUCACCAAGCUCAAUUUCAAGCAGACGCCCCUGCCGGAUCGUGGAACAACGGCUAUUGCUGCCGAUGUUGCCAUCAGCGCCUUCAACAGCCUUCCUGUAGAGUUCAACAUCCCUGAACUCGGGUUUGAUGUUCUGGUGCCAAACUGUGACCGGGCCGACCCCUACAUCAUUGUCGCUGCCGCGAGAACUCACCAAGUUACCGUGCGAGCUCGAUCUGAUGUGGUGGUUGAGGGUUGGGGAACUGUUGAGCAUCUUCCCGACGCUCUCACGGCAGCCUGCCCUGGCUCUGGCUCCUCUCCCCUCGACCUCCUGCUUGAUGAUUACCUCUCGGGCGAUUCGCCGACGGUCUAUGUCAGGGGCGCGCAGAAGCCGCUACCUGGCACCCCCGACUGGAUAUCCGAGAUUCUCGCCAGCGUCACCAUCAAGGUCCCAUUUCCAAGUGCAGGCUUCGACAACCUGAUUCGAGAUUUCUCGCUCGACAAUGUUCACUUUACCAUGCCUGACCCCAUGGCCGAGCCUGAUAGCCCGGACGCGAACCCCAAGGUCUCGGGGACGAUUCUUGUCUCGGCAGGGUUGCCAUCAGAGAUGAAUUUCGAGGUGAACGUCACAAGCAUUCGGGCCAACGCAGACGUGUUUUACAAGGGCAACAAGCUUGGAGAGCUCAACCUAGAGGAGUGGCAACGAGCCAACUCUACUCAGGAGCCAGCUACCAAGCACCACGAGGCCACCCUCAGAAUACAGUCUCGAGUCGACGACGCCCCGCUGAACGUCACGGAUGGAGAUGUCUUGACCGACGUUAUCCAAGCUCUCUUUAUGGGCAGCAAGCUUGUCGAGUUGGACAUCAAGGCAGCUGUGUCGGUCAAAAUCCGCACGGUUCUUGGAGAUCUCACCUUGAAGGAUGUUCCUGCGGAGGGAACUGUCCCAGUAAAACCACUGCCAAAAGGCACAUUCGGCAAUUUGGAUCCCAAGGUCAACAGCAUUCGGAUUACAGAGACAUCAUAUACGUCAGUCUCUAUAGAGGCACUGAUCAACGUGACAAACCCUACAGAAUACACUGCAGACAUCCCUUUCGUCAAUAUUCAUGUGAUGAGCAAUGGCUCUUUGGUCGCCGAGGCGACAGCCGAGGACCUGCGCAUUUCUACUGGAGUCAACACCAACCUUCGGGUCACAGCCAGGUGGAAACCCUCUCUGGGCGGUGACCAGGGAGUGGUGGAUGGACGCAAUCUCAUAUCCUCGUAUCUCUCCGGUUACAACACAACGCUUAUGCUCAAGACACACAAUGAGAGCUUCCCGUUCCAGCCGCUUCUGGGAGAGGCCCUCUCUCGAGUUGAUCUGAAUAUAUCAACACCCCGCCUCAAAUUCCCCCCAGGCAAGGAUGGAGACGAGUCUCAGCGAUUCAUUCGUGACGCUACCUUCCAUGUCUUGUCGUCCACAGCAGUCUUCACACUACUCUCACCACUGGAGCGGAAUACAUUAUAUAUCGACGGCGUCAACGCGACGGCUUUCUACAACCAUACCGAUCCGGUCGGCAUGAUCAACUACUCCUCUCCCUUUGCCGUCCCCUCGGGAAGCUCACAAACGCCUAGGCUGCCUGUGGGGUGGAGGCUGGGCUCGGAUGGGUAUGAGAAACUCAGGCAGGCGCUGGGAGGAAGGCUGAAAUUGGACGCGCGAGCUGAUGUUGCCGUCAGACUUGGCAACUGGAGGGAAACACUAUGGUAUGAGGGCCGAGGGAUAGGCGCCGACAUAAGGCUCUGA